CACUGAUCCAGGCAAAGGACGUGAAAGCGGAGAAAAGCUGCAUGCUGUAAAUCGUUGUCUACUUACACCUUCAUUGGAGGGAAAUCACGGGCACCAGACAUGCGCACCAAGCAGAUUGUUCCCCACACCAUGGCGACUCCCCCGCUUGACCUCACGCAACAUGCCUACCUAGUAUUCAUACAUGACUCCGCGUUCCCCGAGAUGAAGUGAUGUUGCCGUUUACUACAUACCCACGCGAGAAUUUGGUGUCAUGGAUGCAAUGAUUCAAAUGCGGGGUUGAUUGGUCGACGGCCAUUUAAGAGAGGCCAAGCCCAAUCUCAGGUGUGAAUAGCUAUGUAGGUUAAGUCGACACCAACCUCAAGUUGCUUUAACGAUGAAGGUUACGUCAAGCCAGGCGCUGAUAUUCUGCGCCGGCUUCGUGGUAUGCGAGGCGCGUUCUCUGUGGUCUUCUAUCCCUGCGACAUACGGGGAUUCGAGUUCGGACACGUAUUUGCUCAAGACUGGGUAUCCCGUUGGCAAUGGCAAACUCGGGGCGAUCCCAUUUGGCCCACCCCAUGCGGAAAAGGUCAACUUGAACAUUGACUCUCUCUGGGCAGGCGGACCCUUUGAGGCCUCGAACUACACAGGCGGCAACCCUGCAGAACCAAAGUACGGCGCUCUCCCCGAGAUUCGCUCAUUCAUCUUUGAGAAUGGAACCGGAGAUGUCUCCCCCAUCCUCGGCUCAGGAGCAAACUACGGCGGCAACCGCGUCCUCGCCAACCUGACAGUCACAAUCGACGGCGUGGCCAACUACACCUCCUACAAACGCACCCUUGACCUCACAACAGGCGUUCACACGACAAAGUUCACCGCAAACACAGCAGACUACGAGAUCACCAACCUCUGCUCGUACCCGGACCAAGUAUGCAUCUAUCACAUCGCCACCACCUCCUCCUCUGCCAUCACCAACGGCACUACCUUGCCCGUCGUCACGAUAGGUCUCGAAAACCAGCUCAUCGAAAAUGACACAUACAACGUAAGCUGUGGUGCAGAUAACAUCCGCUUCACCGGCGUAACGCAGCUCGGCCCGCCCGAGGGCAUGAAGUUCGACUCCAUCGCAAAGCUCACCUCAGAGUCCGCGUCCGCUGCCAUCACGAACUGCACAACCUCCGGCGCACUUAAAAUCACAGCCUCCCCAGGCCAGACUACCCUGGCAAUUGUCAUCAGCGCCGAAACAAACUAUGACCAGAAAAAAGGCAACCCCGCCUCCUCCUACUCCUUCAAAGGCCAAGACCCAGGUUCAAUCGUCGAAAAGCUCAGCGCCGCCGCCUCCUCAAAGCCCUAUUCCGACCUCCUAUCCACCCACAUCGCAGAUUAUCAAACCCUCGAAUCCGCUUUCCAACUCAUCCUCCCCGACCCCCUCUCCUCCUCCACAACAGAAACAUCCACCCUCAUCGCAAACUACGACUCCACCACCACCAACGGCGGCGACCCCUACCUCGAAGCCCUCCUCUUCGACUACGGCCGCCACCUCCUCAUCGCCUCCUCCCGCGCAAACUCUCUCCCCGCCAACCUCCAGGGCCGCUGGACAGAACAGCUAUGGCCCGCGUGGAGCGCGGAUUACCACGCCAAUAUUAAUCUGCAGAUGAACUACUGGCACGCGGACCAGACGGGGCUGAGCGAGACGCAGGGGGCGCUGUGGGAUUACAUGGAGGAUACCUGGGUCCCUCGCGGCACGGAGACGGCCGAGUUGAUAUAUAAUGCUAGCAGUGGAUGGGUUGUGCAUAACGAGAUGAAUGUGUUUGGACAUACGGCCCUAAAAGAGGGCGCGGAGUGGGCGAAUUACCCAGCAGCAGCAGCCUGGAUGAUGCAACACGUCUUCGACGCCUACGACUACACCCGCGACACAACCUGGUUCGCAUCCCAAGGCUACCCCCUCAUCAAAGGCGUCGCCGCCUUCUGGCUCACACAGCUCCAAGACGACGCCUUCUCCCGCGACGGAACGCUGGUCGUAAACCCCUGCAACAGCCCCGAGACCGGUCCCACGACCUUUGGCUGCGCGCACUACCACCAGAUGAUCCACCAAGUCUUUGAAUAUACCCUCCUCGGCGCAUCCGUCCUCCCACCCCCCGAAGACCAGGACUUCCUCGACGCCGUUUCUGCGUCCCUCGCAAAGCUAGAUAAGGGUGUUCACGUCGCGACAUGGGGUGGCCUUAAAGAAUGGAAACUCCCCGAGUCGGCACCCUAUAACUCGGAUAAGCCCUCCAACCACCGCCACUUAUCCCACCUGACGGGCUGGUAUCCGGGCACAUCCCUCUCCUCCUUCCUGGGCGGCUACUCUCAAAACGCUACAAUCUCAUCCGCCGUCCGCGAAACUUUGAUCUCCCGCGGCAUGGGCAACGCACCCGACGCAAACGCAGGCUGGGCCAAAGUCUGGCGCGCCGCCUGCUGGGCGCGCCUCAACGAGACCGAAAAAGCCUACGACCAGCUCCGGUACGCCAUUGAUAUCAAUUUCGCGGCCAACGGGCUGAGCAUGUACUCUGGCACGGGAGCACCGUUCCAAAUUGAUGCGAAUUUCGGAUUGAGCGGUGCGGUGCUGAGCAUGCUUGUCGCGGAUUUGCCGCUGCCGUAUGCUUCCGUCGGGGGGGAGGAGGUGAGGACGGUGGUGCUCGGGCCCGCUAUCCCGGCGAGGUGGGGUGGCGGGAGCGUGAAGGGGUUGCGGAUCCGGGGCGGUGGAGCCGUUGAUUUUGGGUGGGAUGCCGAGGGGGUUGUGAACGAGGCUGUUGUUACGUCUGGGAGCAGAGGCGGGGGUAAGGUUCGGAUUGUGAAUGUGAAGGGGGAGAGUUUGGCUGAAAUUUGA